UGUAAAAAUGCUACCAACGAUCUUUCUUAUAUUUGUCGGAUGUUUAAAACAGACACAAAGUGCUAAUUUUCCUUUAUUACCACAAUUAAAUCUUCAAGACUUCAUUCAGGAACAAAUACUUCUCGGUGCAUUAAAUCCAUUAUCAUCCAGUAAAUAUUAUGGUCCAAUUAUUCCUGAUGCUUUAGAUCCUGUCCUCGAACUUGAAGACAUAACUUUUAAUUUAUUCACUAAAGACAACCCAGAAGAUGCUUAUCCUUUACAAGUUGGUGAUGUUGCUAAUUUGAGGAGAUCACCUUUUAGGUCUCAAGUAGCAACUAAAAUAAUUAUUCAUGGCUGGACCGACAGUACUAGUAGCAACUGGGUGAAAGACUUCCGUCAUAAUUACUUGAUCAUCGAGGAUUACAAUAUCAUUUGUGUUGACUGGUUUCCAGUAUCUGCGAAAGAGUAUAGCGUAGCUGCUAAAUUAACUCGACAGGUUGGUGAUUAUGUUGGAGAAUUAAUCCGUUUUUUGAAACUUGAAUCAGACACACCUCUGUCUAAAGUACACAUAUUGGGACACAGUCUUGGAGCACAUAUAGCUGGAUUUGCAGGCUCUAAAUUAUCCGGCACAGUUGGUAGAAUUACGGGAAUGGAUCCGGCACGACCAUUAUUCGAAACACCAAUCUUAAAAGACCCAUCCGAUCGAUUAGAUCCAUCUGACGCUGUUUUCGUCGAUGUCAUUCAUACUUGUGCUGGUAGUGUUGGCUUUAUUCGGCCGGUAGGGCACGCUGAUUUUUAUCCAAAUGGCGGAACAUGUACGCAGCCUGGCUGUCCUAUUAUUGUUCCACAGUAUUGCAGUCAUCAGAAAUCACAUGUGUACAUGCUUCAAUCUAUUACUCAUCCGGAUCAAUUUCAAGCGAUUAAAUGCCUUAGUUGGAUGGAUUUCACUUCAGGGAAUUGCUUAGGAAGUCCAAUAGUUCAUAUGGGUGAAUUCUUAAGCCCUGAUACACGAGGAGUGUAUUUUUUAACGACAUCAACAAAUAAAAUAACUCUGUCAAUUGCAUAAAACUUUAAUUAGCAUGUGCUAUAUCCCAAUCCACAACUGUAUCAAUUUUUGGCAUAUUUCUUAUGGAAAGUUGACUAGCUGCUGGGCUUUUAAGUGCACCAGGGAAAGCCAGAGAUGAUAACUGACUCUGCUGAGGAAC